AUGAAGAACGGAGAAGGUGGCGAUGAACUUCCUGAGGGUUCUCCUUAUCAGAGCAUUACUGAAGACUUGCCACAAACAAAGAAGACUAAGAUUGGCCCGAAGAUCCUGUCGAUCUUGCGACAAGAAGUCGGCUGGUUUGAUGAACAAUCUGUGGGGAACUUAAUUACGCGAUUGAGCAACAAUGUCGACAGCAUAGAGGGUGGCAUCGGCGAGAGACUAGGCCACUUUUUGCAAAAUAUCAGUACUUUUUUUGCCGCUGUCGUUAUCUCCCUUGUUGCUGGAUGGAAAUUGGCACUAGUUGGUCUUUCUAUAACACCACUGGUUCUCGCCGCGUUUGUAUUUCUUGCAUUUGCAUUGAGAACAUUUUCUAUUCGAGAAAUCGCAUCUUACGAGGUCGCAGGCACCAUUGCGACUGAAGUGUUUACUGCAAUUAGAACUGUCUUUGCAUUUGGUGGGCAAGAAAAGGAAUGUGCUCGCUAUGAGAAAGAACUCCAAGCGUCAUCCCGAAUCUCCUUCCUAAAGUCCGUCUUUGUAGGUCUUGGCACGGGUGCAAUUGGCUGCUCAAUUUUCAUUGAUGCUGCGAUCUGCUUCUACUAUGGAGUGAAACUCAUCCUCGAUGAAAACUAUGAAAAUGGAACCGUUGUUUUGUUCCAACAAUUUGUUUAA